AUGGCACGGUUAAUGUCCAAUUCAGUCAUGAAGAACCUCUGGGAAAGCUGCCAAUUGCGUGUGGAGCCGAGCUCGGCUCGUAUGCGGAUCAGCAUGAAGAUGAUUGUCUUCCAGGCACUAGAACCGAGCUUCUUCGUCAAAUUGCAGAGAACGGGAAAGUCUACCAUCGCCCGAACAGUCGCAAAGUCCUUUAAGGAGAAUGGGCAGCUAGGCGCGAGCUUCUUCUUCAAAAGGGGCGAAGCAGACCGUGGCAAUGCAAAACGACUGAUAUCAACCAUCACAAGACAGUUAGUAACCAGAUACCGGGAACUGGCACCUGGUGUCUUAAGAGCGAUUGAGGAUGAUCCAAAUAUUUCAACAAAGUCUCUUAGAGACCAAUUCGAUAAACUUCUUCUUCAACCACUAUUAAGCCUUAAUCUAAAUCAGCCCAUUAUCACUGUAAUUGUGAUCGACGCUUUGGAUGAGUGCGAACAAGAAAGCGACAUUAGAGUUAUACUUCAACUUUUACCCCGGAUCCAGCAAUCUAACUCGAUGCAGCUGCGAAUAUUUCUGACCAGCAGGCCUGAACUUCCCAUCCGCCUUGGCUUUAAGAAAAAGUCUAUUAUUAGAAGAAAAUUUGAAGAAGAGAUUCCUAGGUGGAUAUGUGUAGCACCACGAACGGACGACUUCUGGAGUGCAGAUUUACAAACGCUCGAGGGCCAUUCAUCUUGGGUAGGGUCAGUGGCCUUCUCGCCCGACGGUCAGACAGUGGCCUCUGGCUCCGGCGAUCGCACCGUCAAGCUCUGGGAUGCUAAGACCGGCAUGGAACGCCAGACACUCAAGGGCCAUUCAGAUUGGAUUACGUCGGUGGCCUUCUCGCCCAACGGUCAGAUAGUGGCCUCAGGCUCCGGCGAUUGCACCGUCAAGCUCUGGGAUGCCAAGACCGGCCUGGAACACCAGACACUCGAGGGCCAUUUAUUUUGGGUUGCGUCGGUGGCCUUCUCGCCUGAUGGUCAGACAGUGGCCUCGGGCUCCGGCGAUUGCACUGUGAAGCUCUGGGAUGCCAAGACCGGCCUGGAACGCCAGACGCUCAAGGGCCAUUCAGAUUGGGUUAAGUCGGUGGCCUUCUCGCCCGACGGUCAGACAGUGGCCUCAGGCUCUGGCGAUCACACCAUCAAGCUCUGGGAUGCCAAGACCGGCCUGGAAUACCAGACACUCAAGGGCCAUUCAGAUUCGGUUGAGUCAGUAGCCUUCUCGCCCGACGGUCAGACAGUGGCCUCAGGCUCCGGCGAUGGCACCGUCAAGCUCUGGGAUGCCAAGACCGGCCUGGAACACCAGACACUCAAGGGCCAUUUAGAUUGGAUUAAGUCGGUCGCCUUCUCGCACGACAGUCAGACAGUGGCCUCUGGCUCCGGCGAUAGCACCGUCAAGCUCUGGGAUGCCAAGAACGGCCUGGAACGCCAGACACUCAAGGGCCAUUCAGAUUCGGUUGAGUCAGUGGCCUUCUCGCCCGACGGUCAGACAGUGGCCUCAGGCUCCGGCGAUCGCACCGUCAAGCUCUGGGAUGCCAAGACCGGCCUGGAACAUAAGACACUCAAGGGCCAUUCAUCUGGGGUUGUGUCGGUGGCCUUCUCGCCUGAUGGUCAGACAGUGGCCUCAGGCUCCCGCGAUCACACCAUCAAGCUCUGGGAUGCCAAGACCGGCCUGGAACGCCAGACACUCAAGGGGCAUUCAGAUUCGAUCAAGUCCGUGGCCUUCUCGUCUGACGGUCAAACAGUGGCCUCAGGCUCCCGCGAUAGCACUGUCAAGCUCUGGGAUGCCAAGACCGGCCUGGAACGCCAGACACUCAAGGGCCAUUCAGAUUCGGUUGCGUCGGUAGCCUUCUCGUCCGACGGUCAGACAGUGGCCUCAGGCUCCCGCGAUCGCACCGUCAAGCUCUGGGAUGCCAAGACCGGCCUGGAACGCCAGACACUCAAGGGCCAUUCAGAUUCGGUUGCGUCGGUAGCCUUCUCGUCCGACGGUCAGACAGUGGCCUCAGGCUCCCGCGAUCGACCGUCAAGCUCUGGGAUGCCAAGACCGGCCUGGAACGCCAGACGCUCAAGGGCCAUUCAGAUUCGGUUCGAUCGGUGGUCUCCAGCGAUGAGGGCCAGGGAGAUGAUUGUACCCAAACUUCACACACCCGUGUCCCUCAAAUAA